UGUAGCUUAUUUAUACAAAUAUUUUUCUCUCUAUUGCUCUUCCCAAGAAAUUAUAUUCAUACAACCCUUUUCUUCCUACUUGAUCCUCACAUUCUCAAGGCCUAUAAUAGCAUAAAAUAGAAAUUAUUGAUCAAUAUAUAAUAUUCAAUCAGAAUGGCCAAUGUGGUGGAAGUGAAGGUUGGUUUACAUUGCGAUGAGUGUAUCAAGAAAAUUCUCAAGGCCAUCAAGAAAAUUGAAGAUAUCGAGACAUAUAAUGUCGACAAACAAUUGAACAAGGUCAUCGUUACCGGAAACGUCACCAAUGAAGAAGUGAUUGGAGUUCUUCAUAAGAUUGGCAAGAAUGCAACUGUGUGGGAAAAUGUUCAAGAAAAUGUUCAAUGUUGAAGUCACAAUUCCAUUACAAGUAACUAUACGUCUAUUAAGAUUUCUUUACCAUAAAAGAAACAUAUAGAACCAUGAAUGAUGCCAUGUCUUAUCAUUUAUGUAGAGUUUGUAGAAGCAUAGUUAUAUAUAAACUCAGUUUUGUAAUAUUGUCCUUUGAAUAAAACACAUAUUUGAUAGGAAGCAAUCGAUGAAAUGAGAGUUAUAUAUCAAAAUUUCAUUUAUGA